CAACACUGUUCUGACGUGUCAUUACGUUGACACAUGGCAGAACAUUGACACAUAAAUUGUGUAUUCUAAUUUUUCUACGUCAAGUAUCUGAUAAUUUUAAAGAAGCCGAUCAAAAAGAAAUGUAACUUCAAAAAUGACGACGUCUAAUAAAAACAAUUUGGGAGAACUAGCCAUUGAGGCUUCUGAAAUUGUGAGUAGAUUAGAACAAAUAGCCGAGGGUGUUACUGUUGCUGAAACUGCACACAAUCAAACUACGGUUUUCCUUGGUUUAGAAAAAAGACAUACCGAUGAAAUAAUUAAAAUAAUACAUGACCUUAUAAGUACUGAUGAAGAUGGUGAACCUUUCAGUUUUCUUUCUUUAGACAGUGUAACCAAAUUGGUAAUGAUAUCUCAUACGUUGGCAGUUUAUUGUGGCAGUUUAGAGAGACCAAUUUUACAAAAAUUGAGCACAAGGUUUACUACCGACACAACCAGAUGGAUAACACAGCUAUUUGGAUUUUUAGAUUGUCAUGCCUUUUAUCAUGAAGAUCAUUUAGAAGGUUUAGUAAGGGUUACAAAAAUGAUGCUGCAUUCUAAAUUUCCUAGAUAUUCAGAGGAUGGUGCUCUAGCUUUUACAAAUUCACUUCCAACUAUUUACAAUAGUGUUGCUAGUCCUCUGGGAACUGUGCAACAUCUUUGUAGGCAGCUAGGGUUGCCUCUGGAUUGCAUUAGACCAGUGCCUAUGAAUACUUACUUUGGUUCGCAGUAUACGAUGGACGUCUCAGCAUUACAAAAAAUAAUAUCCGAUGACGUUUCUGAAGGUAGAGUACCACUUAUCGUUAUCGCCGAUGCGGGUACUCCUAUAACCGGCCAUAUCGAUAGCAUUUAUAGAAUAAAAGAACUAUGUAAAGUACAUGGCGCUUGGUUACAUGUAAGAGGACAUAGUUUGGCUGCUUUGGCCCUAGCCAACUCUCAUCAAAGAAAUGGAACGAUCCCACCUAUAUCUGAUAGUUUAACAUUAACCCUUGGAAGUUGGUUAGGAAUUCCAGGAUUACCGAUGAUUACCCUUUAUAGGAUAUGGGAUUCCCUAAACAAUCCCAAUCGAAGUAAGCAAGUUGGUGUCAGUAGAGAAAGUACUCUUCCCUUUUUAGCUGGUCUAAAUACAGAUCACUUGAGUAGGAGGAUUCUAGCUUUACCUCUGUGGACCGGACUACAAAGUUUAGGAACCGAAGGAGUACAUUCCAGGAUAAAGGAGGAUUUUUUGGCUAGUGAAAGGCUGUGGACGGCUUUGGAUCGAUUUAGGCAAAUCAGAGUUUUGAGCCCAAAACCAGGUGGAGAAAGCGGUACCUACACAGUAUCUGAAUUAAUUUCCAAACCAACCACCAUACCUGUAUUAUUAGAAUCGAUAGCUUGCAGUGUGGUGUUUCAAUUCAUCCCAGAAACAACCAACGACGACUAUCAAUCUAAAGUACCGUCGUACUAUGACAAAUUAAACUCGUGGUUGGGUCAAAUUUUGCAAUUGGACGUGCCUCAAGUACCGAUUGAUAUUUGCGAACUCGAUAAUAUCGGCGUGGUACUGAGAUUCUGUCCGUUCGAGAACGUGGUUGGUCAACAACCUUCCGUUGACGAAAUGCAGGGCUUUAUAGCUUGUCUCGAACAACAGUUGGUUAUUUUGAAAGCGACUGUGCAUCAUAGGGAGAGUUUUGUCAAGUUGGUAGACGCUUCUCCGGUACUGAAGAUUGUUGAUUUACCAGAUUGGGCAGGUUUAGGCGGCGUCCGAUAUUGUCCGGAAGGUUGGGAACAACUCCUAACUGAUCAAGCCAAAGAAGAACUCAACCACUUAAACAUGGUCCUCGUAGAUACGCUACGAGAAACAGACGCUGCUUUUUCAUUGGGCGAAGGCGUCGACGGGUUGAUGUGCGUCCGAUUCGGGAUGUUGACGCCUGAAUCAGACGUCGACAAAUUACUGGAUUUAGUUAUACGUGUGGGACAAUCUGUAGAAGAAAAUUCGAAGGUGUUGGAUUCUAUGAGCGAAAUUGUUAAAAAAGGAAUUGAAACGGCAACCUUAGAUCUCCAGAAAGAAAACGAGGAAAGGCUGUGGCAAGAAGGCAUCGUUCGACAUAUCCCGAUAGUCGGCACGUUCGUCAACUGGUGGGCGCCGAAACAGAAAGAAGCCGGCGGAAUCCGAGGUCGCAGUCUUAACCUUACGCAAGGCGUCGUCGAAUCCACCGAAAACAUUUACAAGUACCACAUGCAAAUGGGUCAAGGAAUAGCGACGGGUGGAAUUACUCCGCCCGCUCCUCAAAUUCAAAAACCCAUCGGUGUUAGUCAUUCGAGGUCGAGCAGUCACGCUUCGGCGUCAAGUCAACAAUCCGCCGUCAAACUUGACGGGGAAAUGACGAAAUUGAGUUUAGAGAACCAUUUGGAUAAAGUCGAUAAUAAGGAAAUAAUAGAAACUAAUGUUGCCGCUCCUAGCUAAAUAGCAUCGUUUUCAGUCGAGAGUCAUUUAAUUAAUUAGGGUCUUAUACAUAUUUUUUUAUGAUAGCGGUUAAGAUGUAAAACAAAUUUUAUUUUUCGUGUUCCAAAUAUCUUUAUUAUAGCUUCGAUUAUAAUUUUGUUUAUAUGAAAAUAUAUUGUUGUUUGAUCGAUGAUUCGAUCAAUUCACAAUGCUUACAAACUGAAUUUUAUAAUAGUUUUUGCCUACAUAGUCCACCGGAAUUAGAUAAAAAAUUACUCUGAAAUGAAAACGUUUAAUACAGUAUAGAGACCCAAAUAACAAUGAAUAUUUUGACUUUUUCACAAAAGUUCACUAUGCGAAGAGAUGAGAAUUUAUAUAUACAUUUUUCGACGUUUUUUUUUUUUCUCUCCAGUUUUUAUAUUUUAUUUUCAUGAAAACGCAUCGUUUUUGAGUAAAAUACAAAAAACUUGGGAAAAACGCCAAAAAUGUAUUAAUGUAUAAUAUAUAAUACCUUCUUCCGAUCAUGCUCAUCUCUGCGCAUAGUGAAUUUUGUCAAAACUUUCAUUGUUACCUGCACGAAAAAGUUCGCCUUAUAAACCUAAUUCCGGUUGGAAAACAUUCCGGUUGGAAAACAUUCGCUCUAAACAAAUCACAGUUGGAAUCUUCUGUCAUUUUUUUUUAUAUCGUAUAUCUCUAUUUCUAACAAAGUGCUCGCUUUUCUGUUUUGCAUUAAUUCUUGCGAUAUAGACUGCUAAAUAUCUAUCCAACUCUUUGGUGAUUGUCAUAAUGAUCUUCGGCACUCUAUUGCCUUUUAUUGUAACUCUAAUAACUCUUUUCAGGUUUCAUUCAUUCUGUUGUGGACGAUAAAACUAAACACGAUAAGCUAAUGGUCGUUAUUUCCGUAAAAUAACAAAUACGGCGUUUUACAACAUAACCUUAAAACUAUUCUUGAUUCGACAAAUUCUCCAAUAAACCACGAUA